AAAAACAUACAUAUUUAAAUUUAAUUUGGGUGUAAUCUUGUAUCCACAGUUUGUCUAUUUAUAGAUUAUUUUCUAAUUUCAGUCUGCAGCAGGGCAAAGUAACUCAAGUUAACUAAAUGUUCCGUUCAUUGAAAUAGAUGCAAGGCUGGUUAUUAGGAAGAGAAGAAAUCAUCAAAAUUAGGUGAUUUCUAAAGGGUGGAUCUAGACAGUUUGAAGCCUCUGGUAUGGUGAGAGAGAGGAGGGCAAAGCAAGGCCUUAGUGACAUCUCCAAACAUGUCAGCACAACACAUUGGACAGCACCGCCCUGCCCUCAGAACCAAAUUUCAAGAUCAACCAGGGCAAAGCUGUUUCACACUUUGGACCCAGCAGCAACCUGUUGUCCUUUAAUGAAGGACAAUCUACAGAUAUUUUCCCAUCUUUCUUAGUUUUCGGAUUGAAAUCUUUCUUUUGCUCAACGAUGACCACUCCUCUGGUUUUCCACAACUCUGGGUUAGUCUUGAACCUUGUGCUUCUGAUGUUGACCAGUCCGAGCUUGAGCAGUCCUGUUAAGCCUGUCGAUACUCAUUACGGGACGUCGACAAACGUGGAUGCAGGCGGCAACCAUCUAGUCAACGCUCAGGAUUUUUUGAGCCAAUUUCUGUCCACGCUCAACCUCACCAGACAGAGGUCCCAGAACCGGCCACGGGUUGCCCAGAAGGAACCACUGCCGGAGUACAUGCUGGAGCUCUACAACCGGUUUGCCAACGACCGCACUGCGGCACCAUCUGCCAGCAUUGUUCGCAGCUUCAAAAACGAAGAUUCCUCCCACUAUUGCAUGAGAGCCAAAGGCGUCUGGAUCCACCCGCUGCUGUUUAACAUCUCUGUGCCCCAUCGUGAGCACAUAACAAUCGCUGAGCUUCGACUGUUCCUUCUUGUGCGGAAGGCUCAAAGAGCGUUCGCUGGGAUUAACUGCAAGGUGACAAUCUAUGAGUUACACGAUGGCAUUGUUUGGACAAAAGAGGUGGGGAAAGAAGGGAGAGGGAGGGAUGAAGAGGAGGUGGUGGAGAUGAAGGAUUUGGAAGAACUGGUGACAAAGCAUAUCGCCGUCAAAGAUUAUAGCUGGGUGUCGUUUGACCUCACUCAUGUGGUUACACUCUGGCAGAAGUCAGGGUGCGCAACUCACAGACUGGAGGUUCGUAUUGAAAGCCUGGGGUCAGGGGAAGAAGGGGUCACAGAGGAGAGUGAAGGUUCACUUGAGAUUGAGAUUGACAGGAACUUGGAGGGGAAGCACAACUCAGUGAUGGUUGUGUUCUCGGACGACCAGAGCAGAGAUCACAAACAAGACAGACAAGAGCUCAGUCAGAUGAUUAAGCAUGAGAAUGACCUUCCUGACAGCAUGGGCGGCAGCCAGCAACCCCUCUGGGGGCAUGCAAACCGCAACACCGUCUACGCUGACCAGGAUAAGCUGGAUGAACAGUCCGCCCUGCAGCUGCAGUCCAGCGUCAUCUACGACACGCCUCCUCGAAUUCGUCGCAAUGUUAAGAGUGAGUCGUGCAGGAGGACGCCGCUCACUGUGAAUUUUAAAGACAUUGGCUGGGACACAUGGGUUAUCCAGCCGUUGGGCUACGAAGCGUACAAGUGCAACGGUGUGUGCAGCCCUCCCAUGACGCAUGAGGUCUCUCCUACCAAGCAUGCCAUAGUGCAGUCGCGAUUGAGCCUCAAGAGCCCCGAAAAAGUAUCACCUGCCUGUUGUGUCCCCACAAAACUAGAGCCGAUCUCACUACUUUAUCACGAUAACGGAGUGGUCACUUUCAACCAGAGGUAUGAGGGAAUGGUAGUGACAGAAUGUGGCUGUAGAUAGGAUCACAAAGACAAAAACUUCUCAUUCCACGUUUCUAUAAAAUCUCGUAUGGACUAGCUGUAAAUUAGGAUGAACACAUGGUGUAAAUUAACAAUUGUAUAAAAGCAAAUCAUUAAGUGUUGUAAGUGUGGUCAAACCUUCAAAACACUGUUAUUCACAGUAUUAUAACAAGUUUGUAUUUUAGAGUGCUUUAUAAGCAUUUCCACCUAUUUAUGUGCAAUAACAAGCUAAACGAAGCUAUGUGAGUAUAAAGUGUCAUUUCACAGAAGGAACAUAAAAAAGGAAUGCAUAUUGUCUGCUGCUUUUUAUGCCAUAUAUUUAAACUGAAAUCAUAAACGAGAUAGUGUCAAACUUUGUAAAUGACAAUUUGCACAAUCUAAUGUGUUAUAGAGAUGUAAAAACACUGAGAGAAUGUGUUGAGGAUGACUCUACUACUGCACCACCUUUUUGGCUCAAUGUUUUUAAAGGGGACAUGUCAUACCAAAUCCACUUUUUUUGCCCAUAAAUUUUGUUG